AUCACUCCAGAUACACUCAUACAAUCACAAUGACAGACAAGGAACUCGUUCUCAUCACUGGCGCCAACACUGGCAUUGGCCUCGAGACGGUCAAGGCUCUUUUCCGCUCUCCCAAAACCUACCACGUCCUCUUGGGCAGCCGUAGUCCCUCCAACGCCGACAAGGCCAUUGCGCAGCUCAAGGAGGAGUUCCCAGAUGUCAAGAGCACUGUGGAGCCCGUCCAGAUCGACAUUGCUGAUGACGAGUCUAUUCGCAAGCUCUUUGAGCACGUCAAGUCUAAAUAUGGCAAGCUUGAUGUUCUCGUGAACAACGCCGGAGCUUCUUUCGACCAAACUUUGGACCAGGAUGCUGCUGAUCCUGCCUACCUGCGCAGCCUCUACAACAAGACCUACGACGUCAACGUCUCUAGCACACAGGUCAUCACUGCCACCUUUGUUCCCCUCCUCCUAGCUGGAUCGUCUCCCCGCCUUAUCUUCCUCACCUCGGGACUGUCAACGCUCGAGGGCUGUCACAAGUCCCUCCUAACCAAUCUCGCUCGCGAUAUCCCCAGUGGAUGGCCAAAGAUGGAUGUACGCACAGCCACCGCUUACCGUUCCAGCAAAGUUGCUCUCAACAUGGUCAUGCUGUCAUGGUACCAUCUUCUCAAGGAGGACGGAGUCAAGGUCUGGUGUAUCAGCCCUGGAUUUUUGGCAACUGGUCUGGGAGGCAAUCCGGAAAUGUUGAAGAAGGCUGGUGCUGGAGAUCCCGCCACGGGAGGAGAGCUGGUCAAGAAGGUGAUUGAGGGUGAGAAGGACAAUGACGUUGGAAAGGUUGUUGGGCAGCCAGGUGUCCAGCCGUGGUAAGAGGUCAUGUUUCGUGCUAAAUUGGUUGAGUCUCCUCACCAGUGACAGCUCUAAAUGACGCUCUAGUGAUUGUUAGAAAAUUGCAACGUGGAUAGAAAGCUUAAUGCCGCUAUUCUACCAGCUCAUCAUCUGCCCGUUAAAGCCACAGUGAUGAUGAAUCUGUCUCAAGCUCUAAGCGGCCAAAUGCGAAAAUAGCAGCCGAGGAUCAACAGAGUUUAGUUUUUCGGACAACUCAUCAAGACUGCGCGGCCGAAGCUCCAGAUGAUCCCCGAAGCGCCAAAGGAACUUUGGUAGGCGUAUUUCCUUCUCUUCU